AUGAUUGAAGCAAUCGUGGGCGAUUUAACGCCCGCUAGGGCAGUACUGUGGUUCCUGGGUUUAUUCACGACUUUCUGCGUGUUUCGCAAACUCCAGGCCUCCUUGCAGAUUGCCCGUAUGGGUGCUCGCGCUCCUAAGGUCAAAUUUCAUCUCCCAUAUGCUCUCGACUUCAUCUACAAGGGCCAAGUGGCCAACCGCAAGCACAAAGAUAUCGAAUUCUGGAAUGAGACCAUCGCGAAAGCCAGCGGCCGCGAUAAUUGCAAGACUGCCGAAGUCGAUGCUGGCAUUUCCACACGCGUAGUCCUAACCAAGGACCCCGAAAACAUCAAAGCGCUGCUCACCGGCCAGUUCGCAGACUACGGCAAAGGCGAACCUUUCCACCGUGAGUGGAAGGAGUUCCUCGGCGACAGUAUCUUCGCGACAGACGGAGAGCUCUGGUCACGCUCUCGCCAGCUCAUCCGGCCCAUGUUCGCACGGGAGCGACUCGUCGAUACGGAGAUUUUCGAGAAACAUGUGCAGAAGCUCAUCCCUCUUCUCGGUGGCCAUCCCAACGACAGCAAGGUCGUCGAUGUUGGCUCACUGUUCUUCCGGUAUACCCUUGACGCAGCAACAGACUACCUACUUGGCCAGGGAACCGAUAGUCUUGAGAACCCAGCUACACGUUUCGCCGAGGCGUUCAGAUAUGUGCAACAACGACAAGCGGAACUUUUCCGAUUCGGCGUGUUCAACUUCGCCAUGUCUCGCACCGAAUUCCGCCGCAACCUGAAAAUCAUGGAUAGUUUCCUACAGCCCUACAUCGAGACCGUACUCGCCAUGUCCCCAGACGAACUUGAUCAAAAGCUCUCCAAGCGCGAGACAUUCCUCCACGCCCUGGCCCGCUUCACCCGCGACCCCAAAGUCCUCCGCGACCAACUCGUCGCCGUCCUCCUCGCCGGCCGCGACACAACAGCCGGCACACUCUCCUUCUGCCUCUUCGAACUAUCCCGACACCCCGAAGUCGUUGCCAAACUACGCACCGAGAUCCGCGAGCGCCUCGGCGUCGGCGCCGCCGCCCAAAAACCCACCUAUGACGACCUCAAGACAAUGAAGUAUCUCAACGCCGUAAUCAACGAAACAAUGCGCUUCUACCCCGUCGUCCCCUUCAACGUCCGCUACUCACUAAAAGAUACAACCCUCCCCCGAGGCGGAGGUCCAGACGGACAAUCCCCCGUCGGCGUACGCGCAAAUACCCGUGUGAUCUACUCAACGCUGCUCAUGCAGCGGGAUCCGGAUUUGUACGAUGGGCCUGGGUCGAAGAAUUACUUUGAUCCGGGGCGGUGGAUUCCGGAGCGUUGGGUUGCGGGGUGGCAGCCAAGACCGUGGCAGUUUAUUCCGUUUAAUGGGGGGCCGAGGAUUUGCAUUGGACAGCAGUUUGCGACUAUUGAGAUGGGGUAUACUAUUAUUCGAAUUUUGCAGGCUUAUGAGAAGAUUGUGGCGUUGCCGGUUAGUGGGGAGGAUGCUGUUGAGGAUCCGGUGCUGAGGUUUGAGGUUACGCUUAGUCCAGGGGCGGAGUUUAAUUGUGUUUUUGUUAAGGAGGGGGAGGAGGCUGUUAGGGCUGGUGUUUGA